UUGGAUUACAUAAGUAGCAUCCUCUGGUGCCUUAUUUUACAUUGAACUUCGCUAUUGGUUAUUUAUCAUUCGAAAUGCCUCUUGUUAAUGACGAGAUUGAUCGGAAGUUUGGGAUGACGGUGCAGGGUCACAUGACCAUCAUCGAGCCUGUACACUGCAAUUCCCAUUUAUUGGCUGCAGUACAGUGCCCAAGUCCUAUUUCUAGCAUCAUCACACAGCAGCUCUGUAGCCUGAAACCAAUCGGUGUUGUGCCCAGGAUGAUGGCUCCUCCUGCCGCUUCCAUUCCUUACUCAAUGGGAUUUCUUGAAUGAACUCAAGAGGGGGUAAUGCUGCUGCACAGUGCCUGAAUCUUUAGGCGGUCUGUUGCUAUAGUGACUUCUUCCAGGAGCUGCCUAGUCUACGGUUAGUAGUAACAAAGCUUCACUUCUCAGAUGCUGAUGGGGACAACACAGGGAGAGGAGGAGGAGGAGCAGAGGCAGCAACGUACAUUUAUCCAGCUAUAGCCCCAGCCGGCUCAUCAUUUCAUCUAUGGGUCUACUUUAGGAGCUGUAUAUUCUUAAAGAUUCCAGCAAUGUAACUGCAGCUAAAGAUGGGACAGAGUGAAGAAAAGAUUACGGAGAAAGGCACUGCUAAGUGAUGAAGAGAAGACUGCAUCUGUCCUGUAUCGAAUGUGUCUCUACCUGCUAUGUGUGCAGUCUGUGGCUGCUUGAAGGCUCUAAACUAGAACAGUCAUCAUAUGGGAUUUAUUAACGUUUUUCAGUUUGCUGAAGGGCUUGUACAAAGGCACAAUGACUGGACAACUUAGUGAAGAUACUUCAGAGUCUCCAAACCUUAACUCAGACGAGUUGGAGUGCAAGAUAUGCUAUAACCGUUACAAUUUAAGACAAAGAAAACCAAAGGUUUUGGGCUGUUGUCACAGAGUAUGUGCCAAAUGCCUUUACAAACUUGUGGACUGCGUGGAGUCUCCACAGUGUGUCAUAGUAUGCCCAUUUUGUAGGUUUGAGACACGUUUGCCUGAGGAUGAAGUCAGUAGCCUCCCAGAUGACAACAAUAUUUUACUUAACUUGGCAUGCGGUGGGAGAGGGAAGUGCACUGGAGACAAUCCGACGGAGUUACUGCUUACCCCAAAGCGUCUUUCAACUCUGGUGACACCUUCUCACAGCUCCACCAACUGCCUUGUGAUCACUAUCAUGGAGGUCCAGAGAGAGAGCUCUCCAGUUCUCAAUGCUACUCCUGUGGUAGAGUUCUACAGGCCUUCCACAUAUGACCCAGUUUCGGUGCCUCAUACCUGGACAGUGUGGAACUGUACAUCCCUGAUCUGCCAAACCUCUGUACGUGUCUUUGUUUGGUUGCUAGGUCUUCUCUACUUUAGUUCCUUGCCUCUAGGGAUUUAUCUGCUGGUUUCAAAAAAGGUAACACUUGGAGUAGUCUUUGUCAGCCUUGUCCCUUCCAGUCUUGUUAUACUAAUGGUAUAUGGCUUUUGUCAGUGUAUCUGCCAUGAAUUUUUGGAUUGUAUGUCCACCUCAUAAGUAAUAAAGCAGCAGAGAAAUAUUCCUAAUAAAUAAUAUAUUUAUUGCAACAGAGAUAAAUGAAGUGCAUUAUGAAGUAUCAAAUCUUUUUACUUCAUCUUCACCUCUGAACAAGCACAGUAACUACCACGAAACAUCAUCAAAUGUGUUCCUUCUAACUACUGUUACUACUCAAAUAAAAUUAUGGGAAAAGAUCAUUCUUAUAUAGCAGAAACAAAUGGGCACUUACUGUAUAAAUACUGUAUGUCUUUUACUAAAAUAUGUUGGUUAGUCAAACAAACCUUUUUAUUAUAAUAUAUUUGUUCUUUUGCUACUUAACACUUGAAUUACAUUUUGUAUUUUCAUUGUAAAUGAGUUGAGUUUUUAUCGAACCCCUGUAUUGUGCAGUAGUUUUUGCUAAUGAUUGCUGUAAUGAUUUCAGGCUAAAUGAUGAUUUCUGGCUAAUUCUCAUGUCUUUUUACUAUUAUUUUUAAUUCUGCAUUGUCACACUGAAUUUGCAGUCAUAUCAGGGUAUCUGUCAAAAAUACAGUAAUACUCUAGACACAUGUGAUUUUUACUUGAUGAUAACUCAGGGAAAAUAAUGUCUAUUCCUAACCUGGGAAAUGUGAUAUUAUUUGCUCUAAUUUAAUAGAGCUGAGCGGACCUUGGCCUUAGAUAACUUGUAAAAAAAAUUGUUAUAAACAGUGAUGAUUGUAAAUUUAUAUAGAAUGCGGUGGUAUUAAGAAUGUAUUCUUCAUAACACCCCCCCCCCCCCCCUUUAAUAAAAUGCAACGUUAUCUACUACAAAGAUAGAGAGAGAAAAAAACAUCUGUACUAACUGAAAUGAUAACAUCCCGGGAUCUGAGAUUGGGAUUCAUUAGGUAUUGGAGUCUUUUGUGUUGUAUUCUUUCCUAUGGGUUGUGACUGGUAAAGCAGCUUAGCUAACACUUAAAGAGUUUGCCCAGUUAAUAAAAACGUAUUCACUAUCCACAGAAUAGAGGAUAAGUGUGUGAUCACGGUGGUCUAACCACUGGGAUCCCUUGCGAUCUCCAGAACAAGGACUGUCUGUCCUUUAAGCGCUCAGGCCCCCACCUUCCAUGAUGUAGUGGUCUUGGGAGUGACGGCCCACUCAGCCAAUCUCCAGUUAAGGUGGAAUAUAGCUGCAACCAGUGAUUGGUGGAGUGGGCCAUCACAGCCAAGACCAGUUUGUCUCAGAAGGUGGGGGCUGGAAUGCUCAGAGUUGAGAAACAGUACCCGUUAUGGAGAUCAUUUUUAAAAACAGGGCAUCCCCUUUAAAUAACGAUGAGUGGAGAGCUUCUGGUUCUGGAAAAAAGAAAAAGAAGGCCAUUCCUCCAUUCCUAGACAACCUGUGUACGACACAAAUGGAAACACUCAAAUUAUUUUUUCUACACUAGCAAUGACCACCAAAUAAGCCGGCUGCAGACCCCUGCGCUGUGCUGACACUUAUCACUAAGGGUGCAUUCACAUCACGAUUUUACCAUCCUACUUCUUCUCACGAUUUUUAACUUUGAAAUCAUACAAAUCUGCAUGCCAAGUCGUAUCCAUUGACCUCCAUUCCUUAAUGAUGGACAACAAAUGCAUCAGUUUUGAUCCGCAUCCGAUUUUGCACAAUUUAAGAUCGGAGAUAAAAUCGGGGUUGACCACGAUUUUUCAUCCAGAUUCAAAAUCUGAUCGAAAUUGUGUCCGAUUUUUUUAUUAUUGAAGUCUAUGUAAAUAGCAUGGAAUCGUGUGACUGUGCGAUUCUAUCAGAUUAAUCGCACACGAUUUUUUUGUACACAUGCGCAGUAGACUUCAAAACACAUACACUUCAAAUAUAUAAAACUUUAUUGCCAUUGGCAUACAUAUUAAUUUUAAAAACAGGUUCAGAUUUUUAUUGAAAAUUGGAUGGAAUUUUCAUCUGUACGAUUUUUGGAUACGAUUUUAAAAUCUGAUAGCAAAGAAAUUUUUACAUACGAUUGUAUACGAUUUUUUGCAAUCCGAUUUCGUCCGAUUUUAUGGUCCGAUAAUCGGAUGUUUAAAUCGUGAUGUGAACCUAGCCUAACUUUGAUUUUGAAUGUGAGUGAUGUUUUCAAUGAAAGCUGCAUGACAAUAUCUUUUCCUGUUUACAUGACUAUAAGUAGCAUGUAAGGCUGGGUUCACACAGUGUAAGAAAACAAGUGACAGUAGAACAGGUUUACAUAGCUGCAGAUUUUAUUUAUCUAAUGAUAUAUUCUAAUAAAAUCGAUGGAAAAACACCUAGAUAUAUGAUAACAAAAUGGCAGCAAUUCAAAUUUUUGGAAUGACUGACGUGAUUUUUUAUACAUUUUUUUUCAGCUGUUUUUUGUUUUCAUUUUACACUGUGUGAACCUAGCUUAUUACUCCAUUCAAGUUCAAUAAAUUCUGCUGCUGGAGGGGGCUAUUCUUAAUUCCAUAGAUGUGUUUUAGAGCUUGUUCUGCUGUGAAACUGUCUUCACUGUAACCGGCAUCCACUGAAACAAUAUAAUGAAAAAUGUCAUUAAUAUAAAAUGGAUAGUGUCUUAUAUGUGUAUGUAAAAUUAAUGGUGCAGAUUACAUGUAAUAUGUUCAGAAAUAUAUAGAUAAAUUAUCCCAAUCCAUUUAAAAUAUUAAUAUUUUGCUGUGAGCCACAGCAUCAACUUCUGGAAGUGCAGUGACCUUGGAAAGGAUAGAGAGUACAUAUGGUUUGAGAUAUAUAGAGUACAUAAUAGCAUCUUGCAACAUCAUUUUUUUAUAAAGCAGUAUACUAGUCCCUUUAAAAUAAAAUGCUAUGGGAUCCGAGCAGUGUUUUGAAUUGAAAUAUGUUUGUGUAGUCAGUGCACUAAAGCUUAUAUCAAAAGUAUACAUCCAUUACAAAUCUGGAAGAACAUAAAGUUGGUUUAUUCCAAUAGUACAAUAAAAAUGUAUGAAACUUGCUUAGAUAAAGUUGCAAAGGUAAAGCUGGUAUUAAUUAUCCUGAUGCUGAACAUGUUCUGAUGUGACUGAGGCAGCUCUCCACCUACGCAAAUGGAGAAUGCACUUAUUAGCUUAUUAUUCCGCUCAUAUACACAAUUAAAAUGUUUCUACUGUAUAAUGAACUUGUGAGCAUGGGAACUCUGUGCUAACCGUAUGGUUGACUAAUGAAUCCCAACCAUUAACAAAUAGAGAAGAGGUUCUUUAAAAGGGGUACUCCGUCCCUAGACAUCUUAUCCUCCAUCCAAAGGAUAGGGGAUAAGAUGUCUGAUCGCCCUGCUGCACCCGGCAUUCGUUUAGAGCAUCAGGUGCAGCGAUGGAGGCUCGCGAUGUCAUAGGCAUGCCCCCUCAAUGCAAGUCUAUGCAUUCACGCCCCCUCCCAUACACUUGCAUUGAGGGGGCAUAACCAUGAAAUCCCGAGCGGGACGUGACCGUGACCUCACGAGCCUCCGCCCCGCAAAGCCAGUCAUCCACAGCAGAACGAAGUUCGCUCCGUGCACCAGAUGUCUGGGGUGCCACAGCCGAGAUGCCGUGGGUCCCCAGCAACGGUACCCCGCGAUCAGACAUCCUUUGGAUAGGGGAUAAGAUGUCUAGGGGCGGAGUACCCCUUUAAGCUGUCCUAUAUACUAGACAUCUGAUGUCAGCCUUACAAACACAUCAUAUGUGAAAUACCUAUAAUGCCUGCAGAUAACGUGAGCAAUCCCUUUUAAAGCAUAUAUAUUUAAUACGGUGCAAAAUCUUAGAUAUAGUUAUGUGGAUAGGGUAGCUAAUAAAAUGUGUGCCAGGUUAGUUGCACCUUUAAAAACCUCCCCCGAAAUAAGCAUUGUAUAGCUUUCCUUUGCGAUUGCCAUAGUUUUAAUCUAUACCACAUUCAAUUACAGAGUUUACGGUAUGUAAUGGUACUCACUAGUUUUAUAGUACAGACUAGUUCUUGUAUUGAAGUAUUUGGGGCUAACAUUGAAUCCGAUUUGCUGUAUGUGACAGGUCCAGUGGUAAUAAAAGUUUUGUAUGUUAAGUCUUAUAGUCUGCCAGUUGUCACAACAAUUGUAGUAUGGUCUACCUGCUUUUAUCUAUUUUGUGGUUUGUAAAAAAAAAAAAAAACGUGUAUAAAACCAAUUUAGAAGCUA